CCUACUCCUAGUUAGCAAACAUGGUCAUCAUCAAUGUUGGGACUUAGAGUGGGCUAAAAAAGUAGGCUUCAAUGGAUUGGACAACGCUCACGACAGACAAGAUGAUAAGAAGACAAAGACAAGCAGCUAUUUUCGCAGAUAAAAGAUACGUGGCCCCCAACCUCAACUUCGUCAACGUUAUAGAUCUCAACAGGGUACUGAAAGCAGAGGUGUUCAUGAGCGAGGACAAACAAUUGAGAGCUGUCCACCUUAUCCUUGACUUCAAGCCUCUAUCCGACAAGUUUCAGGACGUAGGCAAUGCGAUCAGAGCAGGUGAUCCUCGCUUGGCUCGGAUUAACGUCUCGGUGCCCGGAUUCCUAGCCCAAGAAGGCACUGUGCAAGUUGAACUGCCCUUCCAUCGCUCUCCCCGCGAAGCAACAGUUCCAAAAGAAGAGAUAGCUUCUUCGUGUCUGUCACUCAAGGUUGAGAUAGACCAAUUUCAACUUGAGGAAGAGAGAAAGGAGCAGGGAGAGCCUAUGAUCCAAGUCACGGACUCGAAAGACGAGCUUGACAGAUUUUCAGGAGAUCGCACUUCCGGGCUCGUUGUUAUGCGCAUAGCUAGUGAUUCAGAGGAGGAACAAGAAGAAAUAAUGUCGCUGGAGAGGAAGAAGGGUCUUCCCGAACUCCUUGCUAGCAGGGCCAAGGGGUCGGCGCCUAAAGAUGACUCAAGGUCUCAGCUCCCUCCUGCUCUUCCCCCUCCUCCCCCUACUCUAAUUAACCCCUUCACACCUGCCAAUCUGAAAAAGAUAAAGAAGGACAAGGAGGUGGUCGAGGAAGGGGAGUUGGUCCCUCAUAAUGAGGAGGUUCCUCCUAAGCUUUUAAGGACGGCCAAGGACAAAGGAGAUGGGGCGGCCAUACCAUGGAACUCCACCAUCAGGGAGUUCUAG